ACUACCCAUAGUAACCUUCAAAGCCACAAGCUUCAGUCUUCAGGUCUACAGGGAUGCUAGUACAGCAUCAGCUAUCUCUGUGAAGUACUACAUGCAGGAGCUUCAGAAAGCAGAGUUUUUUGGACCCACUCUGAUCUGGCCUGCCGUGGCAGUUCAGGACUUUGUCAUGGCAGAGGGCACGCUGACUUUGGAGACUGGAGAGAAAAGUGCUGGUCUGGACAUGGCCCUCACACCGAACAGCGGUUCCUCCAACCCAACACCCAACGGAUCUGCGUGGCUCUCUCUGAUGCCACUGAAGGUGCACAGGUUCACCCAGAAUUCGGUGUGGCUAACAUCACCCUGGUUUCGGACUCAGGCAGUGUUUUCUCAGUCAGUCUUCAUGGCAGAGCCUCUAAACCUCUUGCUGACGGUCAAGGGGUUGUUUACCGCAUACAUAACUCCUGAUUGACGUGGGAAAUCUCUCCAAUCUCUGUGCCUCCUCUGGAAUCAGGCUGCUGAGAGUUAAUUACAAAACACAAACACAUACAUCUAGUUAUUAAGGUGUUCCAUGGCACAACUUUAGUUGCUUACAAAGUUAGGAGCUCCUUUAGUGUUUCCGAACAUAC